GCGAGGCGGGGAGGCAGGCAGUCGGCAGCUGGGCGCUGGAGACAGCGGACGUGUCUGCGGCAUCGCUCCAAGACGAAGGUGACGAUGGCGACAGACGACGCUGGUCUGACCAAGCAGCAGCUGCAGGAACUGCUGGCGCCUGUGCUGGACAAAGAGGGCAGCCGUGUAGAGGACGUGGCAGUGAGGUACCUCACCAAGCCGGGAGACAACUACGGCAGCACCAUGCUCUCCGUCGACGUGACUCUCGCGCCCGGUCCAAGGACACUCCACCUGGUGGCCAAAAUGCUCCCCAAGUCUGCUGUCCUGCAGGAGUUGUUCAACUGCGACGUGACUGUGAGGAAGGAGAUGGACCUCUACCUCCUGGUCAGCCCCGUCUUUGAGAGGAUACAGCGAGAGUGUCAUGUCCCGAAGGACAAGUUCCUCGACGUAUUCCCUUUGUGCUACGCAGCCAGGACUUCCUCCAAAGGCGCCUCUGCACCUGUCGACGAGACGUCGAUCAUUGUGCAGGAGAACUUGAAAGUGCAAGGGUUCGAGUGCGGUGAUCGCUUGACAGGGCUGGAUCUGGCCCACUGCGAGCUUGUGGUGGACAGGUUGGCGCGCUUUCACGCCACGGCGGUUGCCAUCAAGAUCAAGAGACCAGAAGAGUUCAAAGAAACUGUGCUCCGAGCUGCUACACCCGUCGCCAUCGGGCCCCCGGACAUGGAUGCAGUGAAACCGCUGCAGACUCUUCCUGAGUAUGAGGCCAUGAAGAGUCGGAUCGACAUCGCUUUGUCGAAGGGGAUGAAAAUGUACAAUCAAACAAAUUCCAAACAACCAAGAGAACCUUUUGCCACCAUAACACAUCUUGACUUAUGGACGAACAAUAUAAUGUUCCGAUACGAGCCCGGCUCUUCCAGAGAAAAACCAACAAGCUUGAAGUUGGUUGAUUUCCAGGUGACUGGCUACGACUCCCCGGCCAGAGAUCUGCUGUUCUUCCUUUAUUCCAGCGCCAAGCUCGAAGUGCUGUCCGGGCAGUACGACCAUCUCGUCAAGCUGUACCACGCCAGCUUUGUGGACUGCCUGCAGAUCUUAGGGUGCGACUCAACGCCGUUCUCGUUUGAAGCGUUCCUGAAAGAACUCGAAGCUUCAGCUUACGUGGUGUUCUGGCAUGUCGCGUUCAUGCUGAUCCCCAUCACCACCGCGCCGGAAGAUGCAUUCAGCACGGACUCAAUGUCCCUCGACGACUUGAAGUCAGAGCACAAGGUGUCGCCAGUGUUCACUAGUCGAGCCAGGAAGAUCAUAUCCGAUUUUGCAUCCAGAAACUGGAUUUAAAUGAAGUUAAUUUUUUCUUGUUUAAGACAUUAAAAUAUAACAAUAAGACAAUCAAAUUAAACAUAAAACAUUUAAACAAUUUCAUAGCCCCUAACAUCAUGUAUCAAUAAAAAAAAAUUGGUUGUCUGUAAAGUCGGUUUACGGAUGAUAGUUUAACGUGACAACGUCAUAACAAAAUAUUGAUGAAAUUAUUGAUCCAGAAGAAAAGGAAAUAUCAUAUUCGGCCUGAGACUGAGCCGUACUUAAUAAGUUUUUGCAACCAAACCAUUUAGUCAUUAAAAACAUUAUAUUCUUUGAGGAAGAAAUUUGUUUUAAUUUUUCUAUCUUUUGUAUGAUAAAAUCUACCUCUGCAUACUUUUAUGAAUAAAUAUGAAUGUAUUUGAUUGAAGUAUCACUAUUUUGUAUGGAUACAAAGGAGUUAAAUGAAAUGUACAAUUGAAUUAAUAAAUUUACUUUUAUUUGCAUUCAUUAA